AUGGAACCAAAUACAAAACAAAAUAUUUUAGCUGGAUUUAUAAAAGCAGGAAUAAGCCCCCUGAAUAAAGACAAAGUACUCAAUAGAUUGCCUGGAAAUAACUUAAGACACGAAUUUUGUUUGGAAGAAAAAGAAGCAAUUGAUGAAUCAGUGUUGUCAUUGUUAAAGGAAAUGCGAUAUGGGCCAGAAAAUACUAGAACUAUUCGUAAACCAAAGAAAAUAAAUGUUAUACCUGGAAAAAGUGUAGAAGACAGUGAUUAUGUAGAAAGCGAUAUUUCAAGUUCAAAUGCACUCUCGGAUGUUGAUUCACAAGUUGCGAAAUCUGAAGUAUUACAAGAGAAACAAAUUUUAGAAGAACAACAACAACAAAAUUUUAAUAUUGACCUUAUUGACAUUGACAAUACACCUGUUUUAUUACUUGACGACAAUUUUACUGUAACAGAAAAUAAUUGUAUUGUAACAGAAGAACAUUCUGCUUUACUAGAAGACAAUUUAACCGUAACAGAAGAUAAUUUUAUUGCAACAGAAGACCAACGCCAAAAAGACACACAACCAAAAAUACGCAUUUUAUCUGAUGUUAUAUACAAAGGAAAUAUGAAAAAACCUAUUGAACUUAAACCUAGUGCUAAUCGUCUCAAAAAAUCUAAUUAUUAUGAGAAUAACUUGGAACCUUCUUUAAAACCUAAGCCUAGUAUAUGUGGCCUCAGAAGACCUAGGUACUAUAAGGAUGACAUGGAAAUUCUUCGAGAUUUGAUGGACUCAGAUGAUGAGUAA